CACUCACUAACUUGUCUCCGUGCAUUCUUGUUGACUGUCAGGUGAAGCAUGGCUAAGGUGCGUGAAUGUCUACUGGAAUUCGCUAAACAAGCGAGAGAACUCUAUCUGAAUGAGUCUGUGCCCUAUUUGGAGUGCCCUCCAUCCCCACUUGAAUUUUACAGAGACUGGAUCACACCCAAUAAGCCAUGCAUCAUAAGAAAUGCUUUCAACCACUGGCCGGCCUUAACCAAGUGGACUCCAGCAUACCUCAGGGAGAAGGUUGGCACAAAGAUCAUUAGUGUUGCUGUCACACCAAAUGGUUAUGCAGAUGCAGUAUACCAGGGUCGAUUUGUGAUGCCUGAGGAGCGCCGAAUGCCCUUUGCUUCAUUUCUGGACAUAGUUGAGCAGAAGUGUAGUGCCAAUGGAGUUUUUUAUAUUCAAAAGCAGUGCUCCAAUUUGACAGAGGAGCUACCAGAGUUGGCUGGAGACCUGGAGACACAUAUUCCCUGGAUGAGUAAGGCCUUAGGCAAGAAGCCUGAUGCUGUGAAUUUUUGGAUGGGAGAAUCGGCUGCAAUCACAUCAAUGCACAAAGACCACUACGAGAACCUGUACUGUGUGAUAUCUGGAGAGAAGCAAUUUAUUCUCAUUCCUCCAUCGGAUCGACCAUUUGUUCCUUAUGAGUUGUACCAUCCAGCAACAUUCCAUGAGCAGGAAGAUGGUACAUUUAGUAUUGUGGAUGAAGAGUGUGCUGAUAAAGUUCCCUGGAUUCCUGUAGACCCUUUGAACCCUGAUUUAGAGCAGUUUCCGGGGUAUCCUAAUGCAAGACCCCUGAUUUGCACUGUAAAAGCAGGAGAGAUGAUGUUUCUACCAUCGCUAUGGUUUCAUCAUGUACAACAAUCUCAUGGCUGUAUCGCAGUGAACUUCUGGUAUGACAUGGAAUAUGACAUCAAAUACAAUUACUUCCAGCUGCUGGAUUCCCUAUCUGAAGCUACAACUGAAUCAUAAAUGAUAUUCACCAGUGAUGGAGCAUUAAAGGGGAUGGCUGAAAACAACAUAAGCCAGAACAGAAAAAAGAAAUAUUUUAAACUAAAAUAAUCACCAGAGACUAAGGAAGCUGAUUCAUUGGAGGAGUGGAUAUGAAAAGAAAAAAGUAAUUUUAUUAUUAAAAAGAGCUGGUUUCAGCCAGUAUAGAUCCAGCGUACAUCAUGUGUUUUCUGCUUGAUCAUGGUAUUGUAUUAAGCUUGGACCUGACUAAAAUGGCCAGCACUGUGCACUUGUCAAUUUUUUAUAUAGGAAUUCUUUAGUUUUACACCUACAAGAUUUUGUGUGUGUGUGGUUUUUUCUAAUUUUAUAUGUAACAUGAGUGCCUUGGAUAAUUUAUUAGAAUUUUGCAAAAUGUUUUUAUAUUUUGAUUUUACAAAAUGUUUGAUCAAGCUGGAUUUUGGGACAAAAGGCUAGAACUGUAAUUGGUUAAUGUAUUGGCAAAUACAGUAUUGGCGUCUCUUGGAAUAUUUAAGAACUCCGCAUGUGUAACCUUGCCCUGUCCAGUGUUAGCAUUUUAUUACUCCUGAGCAUUACUAGCUGUGCACUGGAAUUCAUGUUUAUCAGGGCCUUCUUCAGGGAACAUCUAAUAUGUUACAAAUUACAUCUCCAUCCAUCCAUUUUCCAUCCCGCUGAAUCCGAACACAGGGUCACGGGGGUCUGCUGGAGCCAAUCCCAGC